ACAGAAGAAUUCAAGGCAGUGCUCCUUCUUCCCUUUUGCCAUUAACCAACCAAAACAAAAACAAAAAACCCAAAAAACUCCAAAUUGAGAAUCUUUAGUAAAAAAAAAAAAAAAAAAACAUGGGUGAUGAUGGAGGGAAGAACAAGAAAGCUGCGCUCAUCGGAGUAUCUUCCUUGUUUCUUGUUGCCAUGGUAGUUGCAGUGGCAGUCGGCGUCAAUCGCAAAGACUCCAAUGGCAUCGCUGGCGGCGGUUCCACGGCGGAAAUCUCCACCUCCACCAAAGCCAUCAAGGCGCUCUGUCAGCCCACUGAUUACCAAGAAACCUGCGAGAAAGCUCUGUCCCAAGGCGGAUCCAACACGAGCGACCCACGUGAGCUAAUCAAAGCUGGAUUCCAUGCUGCCGUCGACGAAAUCAAGUCGGCCAUCGGAAAUUCCUCCCUUUUGAAAGAUUCCGCCACUGACCCCAUGGCUAAACAAGCUCUUGACGCUUGUGGCGAGCUCAUGGAUUACGCAAUUGACGAUCUCUUAAUUUCCUUUGACAGAAUCACUGACAAUUUUGACAUCCAGAAAAUGGAUGAUUAUAUUGAGGAUCUUAAGGUUUGGUUGAGUGGCGCAUUAACUUAUCAGGAAACUUGCUUGGAUGGAUUCGAAAAUGUCACUGGCGAUACAGGGGAAAAGAUGAAGAAUUUGUUGAAAAUGUCGAAAGAAAUGACAAUUAAUGGGCUUGGAAUGGUGAGUGAAGUUAAUUCAAUUAUGGCAUCUUUUGGGCUUCCAUCGGCUGGACGACGACUGUUGACGGAGGAAUCCGAUGAACAAGAGGAAGAGCCGUCGUGGGUCAGUGACAGACGUGGGCUACUCCAAGCCACCGGCGCCACCAUCAAGGCGGAUGUUGUGGUGGCGAAAGACGGAAGUGGGAAGUACAAAACAGUGAGUGAAGCCUUAAAUGAUGUCCCAAAGAAGAGCAAUAAAACGUUUGUGAUUUAUGUAAAAGCAGGAGUUUAUCAAGAACAAGUAAUGGUAGACAAAAGUAUGACUUGGGUAAUGAUGAUCGGAGAUGGGCCGACUAAAACUAAAAUCACCGCCGGCAAGAACUUCAUUGACGGAACUCCCACCUUCAAAACCGCUACCGUUGCGGUGAUCGGAAGCAACUUCAUCGCGAAGGACAUGGGAUUCGAGAACUCUGCCGGAGCAGCUAAGCACCAAGCAGUUGCACUCCGAGUUCAAUCUGACAUGUCCAUCUUCUACAAUUGUCAAAUGGACGGUUACCAAGACACUCUGUACACUCAUGCUCACCGUCAAUUCUACCGAGACUGCACCAUCACCGGCACCAUCGAUUUCAUCUUCGGCAACGGUGCUGUCGUCUUCCAGAACUGCAAGAUCCUCGUGAGGAAGCCAAUGGAGAAUCAACAAUGCAUCGUCACUGCUCAGGGCCGAACUCAACGGAAGGAGCCCACCGCCAUAAUCUUGCAGAAUUGCGUCAUUUCAUCUGACCCUGAUUUCUUCCCUGUUCGCCACAUCCACAAGGCAUACCUCGGUCGCCCAUGGAAGCAAUAUUCAAGAACCAUUAUCAUGCAGUCACAAAUUGAUGAUUUGAUCCAACCUGAAGGGUGGCUUCCAUGGAUGGGCGAUUUUGCUCUCAACACUCUGUUUUAUACAGAGUACAAUAACAGGGGACCUGGCGCCGCCAAGGAUAAUCGGGUUAAGUGGAGGGGAAUUAAGCAGAUUACGCCAGAGCACGCUGUCGAUUUCACUGCUGGGAGAUUUAUUCGUGGCGAUCCGUGGAUCAAGCCCACCGGAGUGCCGUACACUUCCGGCAUGAUGGCAGUGUAAAAAAGAGAGGAAGAAGAAGAACAGAACAAGAAGAGUUUUUUUAGUAACGAU